UAGGCUGCUGAAUGAACUCGCCAACUUAGGACACCAUACCAUACCUGAAGCCUCCCGGCUGUACACGGAUGAGAUUAGGCGGCAGGGCUCGACCAUCCAGCAAGUGCGUGCGGACGAAGGAGCAUUCCAGAACACCAUCAUAGCGCUCAAACACACAUUGGAGACCCAGAUGCUAGCUACAACGGUAUCGUCUCCAUUGCCUGACGCGCGUGUGUUCUUAGACCGGGGACUGCCUGACUCUGUAACGUACUAUCGCUUUACACAACUGGACCCCAACGAGGCUCUGCAGCAUUGUUUCGCGCGCCGAUACUCACACGUCUUCAUUUUGGACCCGCUGCCCUUAGAACUCGACGGCACGCGAGUGGAGGAUGAACAACGUGCCUUGGCUAUUGACCAGUGGCUUGAGCGUGACUAUACACUCAUGGGCUACACCGUAGUACGAGUGCCUGUGGUGCCUGUGCAGGAGCGGCUGCAGAUGGUGUUGCAGUAUGUCUCCACGAUAGGGUAGUGACGGGUAUAUAGCCUUGUAUCUAUACACGCGCACGGCGGUCGGUGGGUGUGGGUAGAUAUAGCGUAGGUACAGCCAGUAUGUGGUAUGUCGCAUGGGAAGGACGUAUACCUGAUUGAUCUUAUGUAGAGUGUAGUGUAAUAUUAACACAACUCCACACAUAAUUUCAGCACGGCUCGACACGCAUGGGCUAUGCAUACGGUAGUACAAGUCCCUAUGGUGGCUAUGCAGGAGCGGCUGCACAUGGUGUUGCAGUAUAUCUGCUGGAUCGGGUAGCUGCCUACACGUUGGUAGGCAUCUAUCGGGUAGCUGCUUACACGGAGGUAGGCAUAUGUCAGGUAGCUGCUUACACGUGGGUAGGCAUGUGUGUAUUGCCUUGCAUCUAGCUACUUCUACGUCAGUAGAUAUGGGCAUGCACGGCGUGUUACAGCUGGAGAAGACUGUGUACUCGAACGGUCUCAUAGUAGUUGUCCGUGCAUCCAAUACGUUCGGCGGUUUCUUUAGACAAGCCGAGGAUGAUAAAAAACCUCACCCCCUAAACAGUCGAGACUUGUUGGGUUUGUGAGCUCGACUGUACCCGACUACGGCGCUGUGGGUCAGUGUGUGUCUGUGACACCCGCACUGAAUUGGCCCAAACUGGGGAACUGUAACACAAACACAAAACAAACUCUGAGGUCAUCUGGGUACAAUUGGAGCAAAGGGGUGUGCGCUAUACCACAGGUGGCUCCAUAUAAAAGGUCUUGUUAUGUAUGGGGCACUCGUAUGUGUAUAUUAUGCGUAUGUCCACUCAACAGUAUGAUGCCAUAUGACGUCCCUUGGCCGCUUGGAGAUACAUGUGCUGUGGGGAGAGGGUUUGUAACGUAUAUGCAGUCGCGAUGUGAACGUUUUGUCGGAAUGGUACGACUCCAACAGGGGCCACGCGCAUUUUCGGGAUGCGUGUACGAGAGAGGCACAAAACGUUUAUACGGAUAUUCCGAAGUAUCCGAGGCUGUUGCUGUGAGAUACACGGGGCACUCCGCUGUGACACGUCUAAUGAAUGUUACCCUCAGCCACAGUGUAGUGCUAGAGACAAGGAUAUGUGCUGUGCGUGGGGUGGCGAGGGGUUUGUCUAUUGAGUAACAAUUCUCAGCAACAGCUGAGUGCGAAGGACGUCCGUUUGACCACAGAAGAACUGUGUGGUGGCCCUGUGAUGCACUUGUCCUUUGUAUUGUACCCCUGGUGUUGGGCUGGCUGGGGUACAAACCUUUGAACCAGGUCCAUAAAUUUAGGUGCACGCUGAAAUAAAAAUGGGUUAGACAAACUUAGAACAAUCGCAUAUGAGUGGGGCUCCCGCGCGACCACAAGGUCUAUAUAUGAAAUGUAUAUAUAUAUGUAUAUAUAUAUAUGUAUAAAAUAAAAUAUAUAUAUAUAUA